UUCUGCAAUGUUGAUACUCAGAAAUGGAUUUACAUGAAUGUCUUUAUGAGGAAUAUGUCUGUGACUAUGUAUAUAAGAGGGUGCUCAGACGUUAUUCUGGACACAACAGCUCUGAGAUCUUCAAGCUCUACAGAACUUCUACAGAUUCUUUCUGUCAUUGUGAAGAAACAUCUUGAAGAAUGAGAAGCCUCAUGUGUUUGCUGUUCCUGGUGAUCUUCUGCUCUGUGCAGAUGACUUCAAGCACUCCCAUUUCACUUGAAGCAGUACAAUCUAAGUGUUGUGGAGAGUUCAGUAAUGUGAAAGUUCCUCUGAAACUGGUGACGUCUUACUACAGGACCAGCAGCAGCUGUUUCAAAAUUGACCUAAAACUUAUUGUUGUGUUUAAGACAAUUAAAGGGAGAGAGUUCUGUGUUGAUCCAGAGACCCCCUGGAGGGUGCUCAGACGUUAUUCUGGACACAACAGCUCUGAGAUCUUCAAGGUCUGCAGAACUUCUACUGAUUCUUUCUGUCAUUGUGAUGUGUUUGCUGUUCCUGGUGAUCUUCUGCUCUGUGCAGAUGACUUCAAGCAAAUGAGAAGCCUGAUGUGUUUGCUGUUCCUGGUGAUCUUCUGCUGUAUGCAGGUGACUUCAAGCGCUCUCCAUUCAAUUGAUGCGGCACAAUCUAAGUGUUGUGGAGAGUUCAGUAAUGUGAAGAUUCCUGUGAAAAUGGUGACAUCAUACUCCUGGACCAGCAGCAGCUGUCCCAGACGCGCUAUUGUGUUUAAGACAAAAGCAGGGAAAGAGUUCUGCAUUGAUCCAGAGACCACCUGGGUGAGCGGCCAUGUUGCUAAAGUGGACAAAAGAACAAAAACUGCUACAGAAACUAAUUUUACAACAACAACUGCUACAGAAUCUAAUGCUAGAUCAACAACAAAUGCUACAAAAACGACUGCUACAGAAUCAACUUCUGCUGCAUCGACAACUGCUACUACAGCAAAGACUCAGAGCCUUCCAGUCUAAAAGAAGCUACACUUUUUCUAUUUUUCUAUUCUGUUCUCUGCAUUUCAUUCUGUGUAUAUUAAACCAUAUUUCUGAUGUGUAUAUGAAUAUGUAUUCUACAAAUAAUGUAUGUAAAUAAAUCCAGCUUUUUUAAUAAAAUAUAAAUUAAUGAUAAAA